AUGACGAGACUUGCCCGUUGUGUGGAGAGGAGUCGGAGUCAAUUGACCACCUUUUUCUCUAUUGCAAUUUUGCCUACCACAUCUGGAGAUUAUGCCUCCUACCUGUUCCCCCUAGUUCUUCUUGUGGCUACGCCUAUUUGGACGCCUCCGCCGGAGGAUUGGAUCAAAAUCAAUUGUGAUGUUAAAGUUGGUGGAGACUCCAUGUGCAUUGUGGCCCUGGCCAGGGAUCUCUCAGGAGCGGUUGUGUGGGCUGCUACGUCCUUUCUUAACUUCAGUGACCCUUUGAUUGGUGAGGCGGCGGCGUGUCAUCUUGCUUUGGACACGACGAGACUCAGGAAUCAUGACUAUGUCUUAGUAGAGAGUGAUUCAGAUGUGGUUAUCAAAGCGCUGAAGGGAUUGCACUAUAUUUGGAAUAUUGAUAAUUAUGUAUCUUUAUGUAAUCAACUCUCGAAUUAUUUUCUUUCUUGCAACUUUUCUUUUAUAUCCCGUGUUUGUAAUUUUGCUGCCCAUAAUGUGGCUAGAUGGGCCUUCGCCCAAAACUUUACAGAUGUUAUGGAGUCAUCUUGCAUACCUGUUUCUAUCCUUUGUAAUGACCGCGAUGUCUAA